UUAACGCUCCCUGCCUACCACUAUCUUGAAGAAGUCUGGAAGGUGCUUCCACAAGCACACCAGGAGGGCUCUCCUGUUCUCUUUACAAAUGCAUUAGGUCACAGGUGAGAUGGCAGGCGCUGGGCAGCGCAAAGGAAAAAAAGAUGACAAUGGCAUCGGCACAGCCAUUGACUUCGUGCUGUCCAACGCCCGGCUCGUGCUGGGCGUGGGUGGAGCAGCUAUGCUGGGCAUCGCCACGCUGGCCGUCAAACGGAUGUACGACCGGGCAAUCAGUGCUCCUAGCAGCCCCACUCGCUUGAGCCAGUCGGGAAAGAGAAGCUGGGAAGAGCCAAACUGGCUGGGUUCCUCCUCACGCUUACUGACCCAGGACAUGAAGACUAACCUCAGCCGCUCCCUGCAGACCCUUCCCACUGAUCCUUCUGCUGCUGACACAGACUUUUUCCGACCCACAAAGCCCAAGCCAUCUGCCAAGAGGAGUCAAGUGGAGCUGAAAAAAUCCCGCCUUCGUCUGUCUCUACAAGAAAAGCUCUUUGCUUAUUAUCGGAGGAAAGUAGCUAUCCCAGCGGAUGAGCAGGCCCGGGCCAAGCAAGCAGCCGUGGAUAUCUGUGCUGAGCUGCGCAGCUUCCUACGUGCCAAGCUGCCGGACAUGCCCCUGCGUGACAUGUACCUCAGCGGCAGCCUGUAUGAUGAUCUGCAGGUAGUGACAGCUGACCACAUCCAGCUCAUCGUGCCUCUGAUGCUAGAGCAGAACCUGUGGUCUUGCAUCCCCGGGGAGGACACUAUCAUGAACAUUCCUGGCUUCUACUUGGUGCGUCGGGAAAACCCAGAGUACUUUCCCCGUGGGAGCAGCUACUGGGACCGCUGUGUGGUGGGAGGUUACCUUUCCCCCAAAGCUGUAGCAGACACCUUUGAGAAAGUUGUAGCUGGCUCCAUCAACUGGCCAGCAAUUGGGACUCUCUUGGAUUAUGUGAUCCGUCCAGCAGCUCCCCCAGCAGAUUUGACACUGGAAGUCCAGUAUGAUCCGGAACGGCAUCUUUUUAUUGACUUCCUACCAUCCCUGACUCUGGGUGACAUCAUCCUUGUGGCCAAACCCCAUCGACUGGCCCGGAAUGACAAUCUGUGGCGACUGAGCCUGCGACCAGCAGAAACAGCUCGCCUCCGAGCCCUGGACCAGUGUGAUUCUGGCUGCCGUUGCUUGUGCCUGAAGAUCUUCAAAGCAGUAUGCAAGUCAAACCCAGCCCUGGGCCACCUCACUGCCAGCCAGCUCACCAAUGUCAUCCUGCACCUAUCCCAAGAAGAGUCCGACUGGUCCCAGGACAUGCUGGCUGAUCGCUUCUUGCAGGCACUAAAGGGGCUGAUCCGCUACUUGGAGGCAGGUGUUCUCCCUAGUGCUCUGAACCCCAAGGUGAACUUGUUUUCAGAGCUUACCCCCGAAGAAGUGGAUGAGUUGGGCUACACUCUGUACAGCUCUCUGUCAGAGCCAGAGGUCUUGCUGCAGACGUAACAGGGCCUUUCCCAGGGAAGCAUUGAUAGAGUUUAGCCAAGGUAGACUUUGAUUACUGCGAAAUAUGUCUCCUCCACUUCUCUCUCUCUGUCUCCUUUUGGUUCAUUAUUAUUUCCUGCUGUGGAGUUGGUGCUCCCAUUGAAUUUCUUGGUGCUACUGGUCCAUUUC